AUGACAUCGUUCCGAAGCACCCUUUUGCUCCUUGUUGCCACCAUCGCAGCAAGUUCUGCCUUUGUUGUUCCCUCUGCCGGCCGAGCUAACACCAAGUUGGCCGAGAGUUUUGGAUUCGAUUUUGCCGAGGAUACCUACGAGAACCAACCAGACUUCUUGAAGGGAGAGGGAGAAUACAAGACAUGGGUCGGACAGACAACAGACAACAGUUUCAUCAACAGACAGUACAAUGUCAUCCGUCGUGUCCGAGAAAUGAACUUGUUGAAGACCACCGCUGAUGCCGGAAUCCUCUCCAAAUUGGAAGGCCAAGGACUUGACCUUGUCACAAUUGAAAAGUUGCUUCCCGUCAUUGAGGACACCGGAGCCUUGAGCAUUGCCGGAAACAACCAACAACUUUUGGUCAACCUCGUCGCACCCCUUUUGGUCGAGCCUGCUCCUCUUCUUCUGCCUGUUGUUGCCGGAGCUGUCGAGACUGGACCCAGUGCAUUCUACCUUGCUUCCGCCGUCUGCCUUGGACUCGAUGCUGCACUCUUCGCCACUGGUGCCGAACUUCCAUUCGUUGGUCUGUCUGCCGGUGUCUUCCUUGGACUCUUGUUGGUUCCUUUGGCUGGAGCAUCCGGAGUUGCUGGAUACGCCCUUGGAAGCCUUAAGAAAUAA